AUGUCCGCACCGAGGCCGACAACGCGGCAGAGGUCUUCUUCCUCAAUUUCAAUCUCAAAUGCCAUACAAGAUAUCAGCGAUAUUCCCCAGCCUGGCCAAAUACAUACUAACCCUGCCAGCAAACGCAAAAGAAAGUCACAGGACCGCCUACCACCCUCUAGAGGGUUUCUCAUAGACCUAUUCACUAUGCAGUGGAUGAUCCACCCUUUAACAUCUCUCAAGAUGAUCGUAAUUACUCUGGUGGCUUGGCUUAACUGGCGCGUGUUUACUCCCGACGCUCCUAACCCGCUCUCACCGCUACUCUUCCUCUCUAACCCCGUACCAAGGCACGCCGAUGACCCUCUCAGCACCACUCGCUAUGCAAAAUCAUACUACGAUAUUUUGUUCGUUCUCUUCUACGUCAUCGUCUUUUCCUUCCUCCGGCAAUUCAUUACCCUCUACAUCCUCCAUCCAUUUGCCGUCAAAAUAGGCACAAAGCCUGCUAAAAUUCCGCGGUUUUUGGAACAAGCUUAUACGUUUCUCUACUUCUUAUCCGCUGGCAGCAUAGGCGUAUGGGUCAUGUAUCAGGAGCCUACGUGGUGGUAUCGUACCGAGCACUUCUGGCUCGAAUACCCGCACUGGGACAUGAAGUACCACAUUAAGCUGUAUUACCUCCUUCAAACCAGCUACUGGCUCCAACAGAUGUUGGUUUUGAUUUUGCGUCUCGAGAAACCGCGCAAGGAUUUCAACGAGUUGGUGAUGCAUCACAUUGUCACCCUCUGGCUCAUUCUCUGGUCCUACCUUAUCAACCUCUCCAUGAUUGGAAAUGCCAUCUUCGUGACAAUGGAUGUCUCAGACAUCUUCCUCGCGCUCGCCAAGUGCUACAACUACGUCAAACCUGGCCACUGGCUCGGUAACGUUAUCUUUGGCUUUUUCAUUAUAGUGUGGACGUACAUGCGUCACUGGCUCAACUUGCGCAUUCUCUACUCAGUUUACACACAAUUUACCCUUAUUCCACUGGAGAACAGGCGGUGGUGGACCCCCGACGGUGUGUGGAUGGUCGGGUGGAUGCAGUGGCAGAUCUUCCUCCCUAUUCUCGCCCUUCAGCUGCUCAACCUCUUCUGGUACUUCCUUAUUUGGAGAAUCUUGAUUCGCGCUUUGGUGUACAACCACCUCGCCGACGAGAGAUCGGAUGAUGAGGAAGAUGAAGGUGAUGAGGUGAAGAAGGAGUGA